AUGACAUAUCACGAGAAAUUUCAGUUUAUUCGCACUCUGCAUAUCGUACACUAAUCAUGAAGUUUCUCGCGGCACUAUGUGCUUUUUCAUGGAUUUAUACCAGCGAUGGCAUGAUGUAUGAAGAUGAAUUACCUCACGCAGGAGUAUCGAUAGGAUGCGCAGGGAGACGUAUGCAAUUAAAUGCUCAGAUGAAAGAGGUGAUGUGCGUGCCGAGGCAUACCAUGAUAAAAUUAAUACCUCAACCGGGCAACAUUUUUUAUCCAAAUUACGCUUCGGUGAAGAGAUGCGGUGGUUUCUGUCCAAGAAACAAAUCGUGUAUGCCAGUCCAGACAAAUAUUAAAAAGAUUGUCGUGAGAAUGGACAGUUACAAUUCGUGUUAUCACGUGUUACUGGAGGAGCACACCAAGUGCAAAUGUCAAUGCAGCGUGAAGAAACACCAUUGCAACAUCAAUCAGGUAUAUUCGGAAGAUAACUGCGCGUGCGAGUGUAUGAAUAAAAAGGAAUGCAAUAAAGCGCGCCAUAUGGUGUGGGAUGAAAAAUUGUGCAAAUGCACUUGCAACAAACCUGAGGAGAUUUGCACGAGUGGUCUCGAAUGGGUUCCCUCCCGCUGCGGGUGCGCCAAGGUGAUGGAGGCGUAUCAAGAAAUAAAAUCUAAUAACGAUGAUAUUAGAAAAUGAUCAGUAAAAUAACGCAGUGGCUCAAAGGAUAUUCUACCCUAUUUCGAAAUACUGCUAUUAUUUGAUAGCACAUUAAGAAUAAACAAAGCAGUCACCAGUUUUAUGUCUCGAUUUAUUCGUUCGUACUAAAAUUCUUUAUACACAUA